UCGGUCACGUCAUCGUACCCGGAAGUGAGAGUGAGUGAAGGUGAAGCGCCGAGGGUAAACAUGGCUCGUAGUUUGCUGUGUAGAGCUGGCGGUGUUUUCCUGCUGAGCAGGACUGCAGCACAGCUGAAAACCACUCGAUUUUACUCUCAGACCGACCCGGAGCCGCUGACGCUGAGACAACAAAGCGGCGGAAUCAGGAGAAUAACACUGAACAAUCCCAAGAAGAGGAAUGCUUUGUCUUUGUCCAUGCUGGAAUCCCUCAGAGAAGACAUCCUCACUGAUGUCAACAGUGAAGAUCUCAGAGUUAUUAUCAUAUCAGCCAAAGGUCCAGUGUUUUCCUCUGGACACAACCUGAAGGAGCUGACUUCAGCUCAGGGCAGAGAAUAUCACACAAAGGUGUUUCACACCUGUGCUGAGGUAAUGACUCUGAUCCAAGACAUACCUGUCCCAGUGAUCGCCAUGGUGAAUGGUGUUGCCACUGCAGCUGGAUGCCAGCUCGUCGCCAGCUGCGACAUUGCCGUGGCGACGGAGAAGUCCACAUUCGCCACUCCGGGCGUCAACGUGGGUCUGUUCUGCUCGACACCCGCGGUGGCCAUCGGCAGAGCUGUGCCGAGGAAGGUUGCCAUGGAGAUGUUGUUCACGGGAACUCCCAUCUCUGCCCAUGAUGCUUUGCUGCACGGUCUGGUCAGUAAGGUGGUGCCAGAGGAGCGACUGGAGGAGGAGACAUUAGCCAUCGCCCAGCGGGUGUGUCAGGCCAGCCGACCCGUCGUCGCCCUCGGCAAGGCCACCUUCCAGAGGCAAAUGGCUCAAGGUCGAGAUGCAGCGUAUGCCACCGCCUCCAAGGUGAUGGUUGACAACUUGGCUCUAAGAGACGGACAGGAGGGGAUCCGAGCCUUCAUAGAGAAGCGCAAGCCAGUGUGGAGCCAUAAGGCUGAAAAAGCCCACGACUGAAGGACUGCCGGAGAGGCUUUUAUCACAACUCGCUGCAUUGAUCUAGUGAUUAUCCUGACUGGUGCACAAGCUUUUCAGUCACUGGUGUGCAAUAAUCAGCACCAAGCCUAAGCCAGCGUAUGAGCUACACCCCUAGUAAAAUGUGUAAUGAUUCAAGUUUGAAUUGUUGACUUUGUCUUCCCCGAGGAUGUCCUCCGUUUUCCUGAGACGAGUAGCUGAAGCAUUAAGUUGCCUUUAAAAGCCGCUGAGUGGAGAUGAGAAUGAAACGGUUACCACCCAGAGGACUCAUGAAGCUAAUGGAGAAUGAAUGCUGCUCUCUGUAUAAUACUAAAUGCAAUUGAUGGCAUCACAAAUCAGCAGGAGGUAUUUCAAACAUCAAGGGCUCUGGAAGUAAAAGCUUACAUUAUUUUCUGAAUCGACAGUGUUAGGAGACCGACAGGUUAAGCUCUUCCAUGGCUUGGAAACAGACAUGAAAAACUUGUCAAUGCAUCACCAACACAAAAGAUAAACAACUGUGCUAGAAAAUGUCUGGUUCUUUGAUAAAAUGUCAAAGCUACAAGCAUGUGUACAUUAAAAAGUAUGCAAAUCAAGACAUUAACUACAGCCGUUGUAUCAAUUUGAGCUUUUUUUCUGUAUUUGAUGAAGCAGUUCAUUAAAGCAUUUUGAGUUUGUUGCACAGCUCGGUGCCUUCUUCUCCCUGUCAACAGUGUCUCCACCAGACCAGUGAAAAACACGAUUUUCUUGUUACAGCGAAAUUUAAAUAAUUAAAAAAACACAAAGUUCUGGAAUCGUUAAAUUAACCGCUAUAUUAAUAUUCCCAGAAACAAUAAAGAUAUUAAAAAAAAAAUCUGAAUUGGAAUGGAAAUUUUUUUAUGUUGAAAAUACUUCUUGAGCCAGCAGAUUAGCUCCACUUUGCAGUGUACUUUGGAUUGUACUAGGAUACCCAUAAACCCACAAGUUUCACGAUAAAAAAUGCCACAAAGUACAAGAAAACAAACAAAAACAAAAAAAAUGUUAUUUCAGGCAUGGCUUUAGGGGAGUGGCUACCAGGUGACAUGAACAGGUGUCAUGAACUUAACUGUUUCCAUUUUUUUUAAAUGAUUUAUUAUCACAAACAUUUACUUGUAUUAAUGUUUUUUCUAUUAUUCUAAAUAAAUAAAACAUAUUUUUCUA